UCUUCUUCUCCCCUUUUCUGCUUCGAAAGAAAAAACAACAAGAAAUCUCCCCCUUUUCUCCUCCGCAAUAAAACCCCAUUUCUCUCAAACAACUAAACGUAAUCUCCACUUAAAAACAUCACCUUUCACUGUAAAAUCCAUCUCAUCACCAGCAACUAACACACAAUUACCAGCAAUGAAGGAAUUAUAUCAAAUGAUUAUGGGACCAGGAAUUGCACCUGAAGGACUUGGAUUAAUUUCCGAGAGAGAUAUAUCAAGUCAUUUUAGAAAUUCCCAAAAGUUUAGGAAAUUCAGAUUUAGUAGCUUCAAAAUUUGGAAAUUCUGGUGGUGGAUGAAAACCUUGGGAUCUGUUGCUCUGUUUACUGGUCUAGUUACCUUCAAAUCAUAUUAUAGAGAACUGAUUCUACCUUAUAUUUGCAGGUAAGCUAUACCUUUGAUGAUAUCAGAAGAUCAUGUCUUUUAGUUUUUAUUUACUGUUGUAGUCGGUGAACUAGUAGCAAGUAAUCAUGGGUUUUUUCCAAUUUAGGUUUUGGGGGUUGGGAACCUGAAAUCUGUAUUAAAAGUGAAAAUAAAUUAUGGGUUAAUUUAAUUUUCAUAGUUUGAUGGAUCAAUUAUGGGAUUUUGAGGUCAAACAAAGAAAUUUCCAUGACAUCAGCAACUCUUGAGGUUCAGAACCGCCUUAUUGAUAUAUUUUUGCAUUGAGUAUUUGAUUUGCAGGAAAUGCCAAACUAUUGUUAGAUUGCCUGUGAAGUCAAUCUUACGGGUCAAGUGUGUUUAUCGAGGGCCUGGUGCAAGUUAUUGAAAGCCUCUGAUUUUGUCGGAAAGCAUUUAAAUCAUGCAAUUGUAAAAAAAUAAGAUUCAGUGUGAUAACGCACUCUGGUUAUGGUUAUCAUAUAUGAUCCAUUAUUGUCUACAUUGAGUAACCAUGUUGGUACUGACUAUCCUUUGAGAAAUCAAAGUCCGGGGAUAUAAGAUUUGGGAACUUCUGAUGGCUUGAUUUGUGUAAGCCCCAUUAGCGAGAAUGAUGUUGUCCUUUGGAGUCCAGCUGCUAAGGAGUUGAAGGAAGUUUCAACUGGACUAAUUGAGUCAGCGAAUGAAUUUUGGUACUUAAUCAUGGCUUUGGUUGUGAUUAUGAGAAUGGAGAUUUUAAGGUUGUAAAUUUUGUGGGAUAUCAGAGUGAACAUCUUUGUAAAGUUCAGGUAAAUGCACUCGAAUCUAAUUCACGGAGAAGACUUGGUAAUGUACCUUAUGUUGGAUAGCAGAAACUGAUUCUGACGCCGAGACAGUCAUCUUCUCUUUUAAUUUCAAGGUGACACAUUCGACGACAUAUUUGUGUUCAUAAGGAGGGUUCCUUUGCUUGCAUGGUUCUAUUGGCUGUCACAGUGAUAUGUGGGAGACGACUGAAUCUUGGGCUAAACUCUUUACCAUUAACAAAGUGACUAUCUGUAAGCUCUCUAGACAGUUGGUUCCGCUUCAGUUUGUCAAGAAUAGUGAAGUUCUAUUAGGAUAUGGUAGUUGGUACCACUUCAGUUUCCGAAGAAUGAUAAAGUUUUAUUUAUAUGGCACUGAUGUUUAUUAUCAUCUGGAUUUGUGUGACUUCAAGCUUGGAACAUCCAUAAAUCUCAAAUUUAUUGUCUAUGCGGAGAGCCUUGCUAUGCUUAAUUCGGGUAAUUAUGUUGCGCUACCAAAAAUAGAAGACUCCAAAGCUAGCGCAGGAACAGUAGAUCUGGAGAACUUUAAUUCAGGUGCUCAUGUUGGCGGAGUACAAAUGGCCUUCGUAGAUGAUGAUGACUCAGAAGAUGAAGACGUCGCAAAAGGACUUCCUGUAAGUCCCAAAUCAGUUACGGAGUUAAGGAAACAAGUCCUCAAAAGAGUUGUGAAACUUGGAUGGAUAUAAUUGUUAUGUGGAAAAACAGAUGGAUCUUAAAAGAAGAAAACUAGAUUUGGAAACAAGAGAGCUCAAUCUCGAAGUUCGUGAACAAAAAGAUCAGCAUGUGCAACAACGAAUCUUUUGCAGUUGAAGUGGCAGCAAAUGAGUGCUAAUGAGAUUGCAGAAAAGCCUACAGUUUCUGACAUGAGCAUUUGGUGAUGUCAAUAAUGGUAAAGAAGAUGGCGAAGACCGGAAUGACGUAGAACAAGAAGAGCAUAUCAAGAACCGAACGAAGAAAGUGAAGACAAUGCGAGUAUCUCAUACAUCCUUAAUCUUUUGUCACAUAGUUUCCCAUAUCUUUGCCUAGUUCUUUGAAAGUGUGUAUGAGUACUUUUGAGUGUCUUACACACUUACAUAGAUUUUCUUUCUAUGUCGUUACACUAUUGCUUUUUUUUUUAUAUCUUUGAAAACUACGGAACAAUGUUCAUCUUUAGGGGAAAACUUGAUACAUUUAUAUUCAAUUUAAGUGCAGGUUGCAACAUAAUGAUA